GAAUAUCUCCUAUCAGCCUCCUAUCAGCCUCCUAUCAACCUCCUAUCAGCAUCCUAUCAGCCUCCUAUCAACCUCCUAUCAACCUCCUAUCAACCUCCUAUCAGCCUCCUAUCAGCCUCCUAUCAGCCUCCUAUUAGCCUCCUAUCAACCUCCUAUCAGCCUCAUAUCAACCUCCUAUCAGCCUCCUAUCAACCUCCUAUCAACCUCCUAUCAGCCUCCUAUCAGUGUCCUAUCAGCCUCCUAUCAGCCUCCUAUCAGCCUCCUAUCAGCCUCCUAUCAGCCUCCUAUCAGCCUCCUAUCAACCUCCUAUCAGCCUCCUAUCAACCUCCUAUCAGCCUCCUAUCAACCUCCUAUCAGCCUCCUAUCAACCUCCUAUCAGCCUCCUAUCAGCCUCCUAUCAGCCUCCUAUUAGCCUCCUAUCAGCCUCCUAUCAGCCUCCUAUCAUCCUCCUAUCAGCCUCCUAUCAGCCUCCUAUCAACCUCCUAUCAGCCUCCUAUUAGCCUCCUAUCAACCUCCUAUCAGUCUCCUAUUAGCCUCCUAUCAACCUCCUAUCAGCCUCCUAUCAGCCUCCUAUCAACCUCCUAUCAUCCUCCUAUCAACCUCCUAUCAACCUCCUAUCAGCCUCCUAUCAGUCUCCUAUCAGCCUCCUAUCAACCUCCUAUCAACCUCCUAUCAACCUCCUAUCAGCCUCCUAUCAACCUCCUAUCAGCCUCCUAUCAGCCUCCUAUCAACCUCCUAUCAACCUCCUAUCAGCCUCCUAUCAACCUCCUAUCAACCUCCUAUCAACCUCCUAUCAGCCUCCUAUCAACCUCCUAUCAACCUCCUAUCAACCUCCUAUCAGCCUCCUAUCAGCCUCCUAUCAACCUCCUAUCAACCUCCUAUCAGUUUCCUAUCAGCCUCCUAUCAACCUCCUAUCAACCUCCUAUCAGCCUCAUAUCAGCCUCCUAUCAACCUCCUAUCAACCUCCUAUCAGCCUCCUAUCAACCUCCUAUCAACCUCCUAUCAACCUCCUAUCAGCCUCCUAUCAGCCUCCUAUCAACCUCCUAUCAACCUCCUAUCAGCCUCCUAUCAGCCUCCUAUCAACCUCCUAUCAGCCUCCAAUCAGCCUCCUAUCAGCCUCCUAUCACCUCCUAUCAGUCUCCUAUCAACCUCCUAUCAACCUCCUAUCAGCCUCCUAUCAGCCUCCUAUCAGCCUCCUAUCAGCCUCCUAUUAGCCUCCUAUCAUCCUCCUAUCAGCCUCCUAUCAGCCUCCUAUCAGCCUCCUAUCAGCCUCCUAUCAGCCUCCUAUCAACCUCCUAUCAACCUCCUAUCAGCCUCCUAUCAGCCUCCUAUCAACCUCCUAUCAACCUCCUAUCAACCUCCUAUCAGCCUCCUAUCAACCUCCUAUCAGCCUCCUAUCAGCCUCCUAUCAGCCUCCUAUCAGCCUCCUAUCAGUUUCCUAUCAUCCUCCUAUCAGCCUCCUAUCAGCCUCCUAUCAACCUCCUAUCAGCCUCCUAUCAGCCUCCUAUCAACCUCCUAUCAGCCUCCUAUCAGCCUCCUAUCAGCCUCCUAUCAUCCUCCUAUCCGUCUCCUAUCAGACACCUGUCAUCCAAAAUUUGA